GGUCGGCGGUGACGACAAUCCCGAGACGUGCUCCCGCCCACCGAGCGGAUCAAGUUUGAAUGAACAACAGCAGUCUGUUCUGGAGGUGGUAGUUGCAUUUGCAGUAAUUAUUAAAAGUGUGUAUCAUAUCUCGGGGUGCGCGGAUCCAGGAUGGACAUGAAGAAAAGAAUUCACCUCGAGUUGCGGAACCGCACUCCGUCAGAUGUCAAAGAACUCGUUCUAGACAACUGUCGCUCAAAUGAAGGAAAGAUCGAGGGUCUAACAGACGAGUUUGAGGAACUGGAAUUUCUAAGCACAAUCAACGUUGGAUUGAUGACAGUUGCCCACUUGCCGAAGCUAAAUAAACUCAAAAAGCUUGAACUCAGCGAUAACAGGAUCUCAGGAGGGUUGGAAGUUCUGGCAGCAAAAUGCCCCAACCUCACACACCUCAACCUCAGUGGCAACAAGAUUAAAGACCUCAGCACAAUAGAACCAUUGAAAGAAUUGGGGACCCUGAAAAGCCUAGAUCUGUUUAACUGUGAAGUGACAAACCUUAACGAAUACAGAGACAACGUCUUCAAGCUACUACCCCAGCUCACGUACCUGGACGGGUACGACAAAGACGACAAAGAGGCACCAGAUUCUGAUGCUGAGGUUUACGCAGAGGGCCUGGAUGAUGAUGAGGAGGACGAAGACGAUGUAGAUGAGGAGGAGUACGAUGAAGAUACAGCACCAGGAGAUGAGGAGGAGGAAGAAGGAGAGGAAGAUGAAGAGGAGAAUGAAGAAGAGGAAGAGGAGGACCUAAGUGGAGAGGAGGAAGAGGAGGAGGAUUUGAACGACAGGGAGGUUGACGAUGAAGAUGAUGAGGAAGAGCGAGGUCAGAAGAGAAAAAGGGAACUGGAUGAAGAAGGGGAGGAAGAUGAAGACGAUUGAGAGUCCUUAUGAAGCUAAGUUGUGAACUGUUUUAAACUUGUAUCUCCCAGUCACUUCCCAGCAACCCCAUGUAUUUUUCCCCCCAGUUUCAUAUUGCAGUAGGAGUGGUUUUUGUUAUUGGCCAGUCAGGUAGACGGGGUUGUCUGGAGAAAUAAGUUAAAUUUAUGUACCUUUGAUGCUCCCGUGUUCCAGUCUUUACAGUCCACUUUUAACUGCUACGUGGACGCCAAUUUUGUAAUAUCGAAUAAUAGCAAAGAUAAACCUUUUUAAGAAAUGUUUUUCUUUUCUCACCGUUUGUGUAAGACCAGUUUCUGAUGACUUAUGUAUUUUAAGACCCCCCCUUCAAAAGAAAAAACAAAAUGAAACAAAAAAAGAGUGCAUGUCUAACACAUUUUAAAGUCAACUACUGGAUUUCAUGUAUGGCUGUCCUCUCCUCGUCUUAAACUUAUUUUUGCAUCGUACUUUUCUUUUUAUUUUUUAAUGUAAGUUAUGUAUUUGUAGUGUCACCAGUAUGCCAAUACUCUCUGCUGUCCUGGUGUGAAACUUCUGUCUGAACAUGCACAGUGUGACCCUCACAGGGCAUAUUUUUAAAUCAUAGCAAAAAAAUGUCUGCCCUUGUCAAAGCUGCUCCUCCUCCUUAAACCCUCAGCUUUGAUAGUUCGGAAAUUACGUGUUCUUGUAAAUAAUGACCAAAUCUAUUUUUUUGUAUUCUCUUUGAUGAUGGCAGACAUUGAACAGACAUCUGAGGUGAAACUAUGAAUUGUAAUAAGAUAUUAAAUAUGUAUGCUGCUUUAUCUAAAAUACGCAGUGUGAAAUUUCUUGGAUUUGAACAUAACUUUGUAUGCAUAAUCUUUCCAUAAAGAGAAAUGUUCAACAUCAGAUCUCAUUAUCGCUUUUCUCCAUGUUCUUUUCUGUGACACACAGGUGGCAAUGUUUGAAUUUGUGGUGGUAGUGUAGAGAAGUGCUUGAUAUAACUGGAGGUUACAACCGCAACUUAUGUGCAUUGAAAAUUUAUUGUUUCAAAGUGUAAACUCUGGAAAACGGUCAGUCAUUUGGACUUUGUUUUUCACUAUUAUAAGUAAUGGUCAAAUUGGCCUACCUCAGUGAUUUUUCACUCUAUGUUAAAUCCACUGUCAUCAGCCAAAUUGUUUCUUUCUCCCUCCCAUUCACUUCAAUAAAUCCCUUUUAUAUAUGUUUUGAAGUUUGUGGUCCUUGUACAACACAGCCAAGUCAAAUGGUGAAGCGUGUAUUCCAGGUUCAGGUGAUUAGAUACUGAUGAUGAUUUAAAACUAAUCCAGGAGG